CUUAUUGACGUUCAAUGACGACGACGGUCGUCAAGUGUUUUGGCACUCUUCGGCUCAUAUGUUGGGCGAAGCGGUUGAGCGCCUGUAUGGCUGUCAUCUGUGUUACGGUCCUCCCAUCGACACCGGUUACUAUUACGACGCCUUCAUGUGCGGAUCAGCCCAGGGAUCAGAACCAAACGAAUUGAAUUCUGUAUCCACUUCUCACUUCUCUACCAUCGAGUCGUUGAUGAAAAACAUCAGUAAUGAGAAGCAGGCCUUCGAGAGACUGGAGCUCACGAAAGACGAGUUGAUUGAAAUGUUUUCUUACAAUCAGUUCAAAGUGAGAAUUUUGAGGGACAAGAUCAAGGAGGAGAGAACCACUGUCUACCGGUGCGGUACUCUCAUUGAUCUCUGUCGCGGACCACAUGUCAGACACACCGGAAACGUAAAGGCAUUCAAAGUGACCAAAUCGUCGUCAUCGUAUUGGGAGGGAAAGGCAGACGCGGAAUCUCUUCAACGAAUUUAUGGCAUUUCAUUCCCGGAUUCUAAACAACUGAAGGAAUGGCAGCGAAUCCAAGAGGAGGCGGCCAAACGUGAUCACCGGAAGUUGGGUCGAGAA